AUGGCGAGCCUCAUCAUGGCGCUCGUGGCCCUCUUCGCCUUUGCUACCUUCGUCAACUCCGUCGCAAUCAACAGCACUCUAUCCUUCGUCUCCAACUCCGGUCUUGCUUCUCGCUCCCACGCUGGUCUGUUCCCCCGCGCCCACGCCGGCCCUCCCGACUCCGGUGUCUUCGACCCGCAUUCCGUUACCCCCGACAGCCCCGACGAGCCCAGGAUGCAGACCGGCAGCCAGGACCUCUGCAAGGACCACGAUAAGGAAGAGAACGGCAGCCACUUCUGCCAGAAUGUCCAACAAGUCGUUUACACCAACGUGAACACUCCCGCUGGCCAGUACAAGGCCGUCACAUCCAUGGACAAGGACACCAAGCGCUGUGACAUGGCUCCAAAGUCCUUCGGAGGAGAUUUAGCUCCGUUCAAUGAGUCUAUCUCAAUGCACUUCCACGGCCCUCUGCAUCUCAAACAGUUCGCCUUCUACCUCCCCGGUGCCGGCGGCUCCUACGAGCGUAAAGGCUACUACCACGCCCCAUCGCAAACCUCCGAGCACCUCACCUUCAUGGGCAACUUCGGCGGCCAAGGCUCCGGCGUGUUCACCGAAGCCUGGGGCGCCUCUCUCUCCUUCGCCAACGCUCAUGGCGACGGCGGGUUUCCCGGCACUUCUAGGAUUUUCCUUUUUGAAUUCUCGAUGCCCCAAGACGCAGCUAACCCCGGAUACGACGAGCCUGCUAUCUGGCUUCUGAACGCCAGGAUCCCGUACACGCAGCAUUGCUGGAAUUUCGGGUGUGGAGAAUUUGACAUUUUCGAGAUCGUGAAUAACGCCUACACCAAGGCUUUGAGCACGUUCCACUUGAAUCCGUUUGGAGCGGGUGAUCCCAACUGGUUCAAACGGCCGGUGGAUGGACCGGUUAAGGUGUUGUUGUACAUGGAUCCGAGCGAGGGCGGAAAGGUCAGUGUGAAGAUGUUGGGGGGUAGUGAUGGAAAAUUAAAAAUAACGAUAUAA